AUGCUUUAUGAAUUACUUGAAAGUAUAUUUCACAUCAACAAGAAUGAGAAGUUUAUGAUUUAUAUUAGACCAGCAUUUAUUAGAUAUUGGAGAUUCAAGGUAUCAUUAUUACCAUUGUAUCAUCGCUUUAAUCAAUACUGGAAGCCAUUAAAUGACAAUGUUCUCAAGAAAUUGAAAACCAAAAAUGAACAUGAAGAAGAAUCACUUUUAGGUCCAUUCCCUAUAGAAAUUUGGCAAAUUAUCAUGCAGAAGGGUCAUGUUAGAAAAGAGGUUCUUUCAAUAAAUGAUAUGUUUUUUAAUGAAUUGUUGCCAUAUGCUUAUGCUAAUUCUGGUAAAACUUUACAAUUGUUAUUGGUCAUUAGUUCUACUUCAAAAAUGAGACAAAAUGAUGAUUGUUUCUUAAGAAAUGGACCAGAUUUCCCAUCUAAACCAUAUGAAUCAGCCCAAUCAAUUUAUGAAAGAAGUUUACAAAGCUCAAAAUUUGAAUAUGAAUUCCUAGAUGUUUCUUAUGAUGUUUCAACUUCUUUUAAAUAUGAAUUUUUUGGAGAACAGCUUUAUGAAGAUACAUUACUCAUUACUGAUUAUGAAGAAAUUAAAUUUAUAUUUUCUCAUAUAAUCAAUAACCCUGAUUCAAGGAUUAAAGAACAUUUCAAAUCUAUAUAUGUUGAUGUUUCAAUAUUACAUGGCUAUCAAGAAUUGAUAUAUGAUUCUGAUAUAAAUGAUACAUUAAGAAAAACUGGAAGAUCAUUCCCAGUUGAUGGUUCAUCAGUCAAAAUUCAGGUCAAAGCAAAUGAUUUUUUCUAUGGUACUGAUUCACAUCAACUUUUCGAUAAAGAUAAUGAUAGAUGGUCUGAUCCAAAUGGUGUAUUGAAAAAUGUUGAUGCUCAUAGCUUUAGUCUGGAACCUUUCAAAACAGCAAAUGAGAUUUAUCCCACCAAAGUGUAUUUUAAUGAAUUGAUUCAUAUUGCUGAACUUUUUAAAUCUUAUGCUUUGAAUGAAAGAAAAUAUUUAAUGAAUGUUUCUCAUAAAAGACAACUUCGGUCAUAUCAUCCGUACAACAAGUAUGUAUUAUCACAUGAUCAAAUCAAUAGACCUUUACCAUCUUAUAAUUUGAAUCGUUUUGAUCAUAUCCGUGGUGCUUUCAAUCCAUUAAACCUUUUUGCAAAUGAUCUAAAUUGGGAUACAGAUGAUGAUGAUGAUGAUGGUGAAGAAGAAGAAUUAGAAGAUGAUGAUGAUGCUCAAGGAUUGGAUACUGAGUUAGAUCAAGCUGGAACCAAUUUUGACGGAUAUGAAUUAAAAUCAGAUGGUGCAAUUGCUUCACAUAAUGUUAAAAUCCAAAAAAGAAGAUUUGCUACUGAAUUAGAAACCAGAUCACUUAUCAAAAAGAUGAUCGAGACUUUAUCCUCUGAGAAUGUUUGUAAUGGUGUUAAUACUUCUUUAUUCAUUAUUGGUAUAUUAUCUUUUGAAGAGACUACAGAUAUUCCAAAGAAUGAAACAUUGAGUGCUAAACCAAUCCCAAACAUGUUUCGAUAUAAACCACAUAUGACGUUAUUAAACAAGCCAUAUUCUAACUGA